CCUCACAAAUCGAACGCAUUUCUUUCCAGAAGCAAGAUGCCUCCGCGCGCCCUCACACGUCAGUCUGUGCCAUUGUUGUAAGAAUGCCAGCCAAGGACGGCAGCUGCGCUGCGUAGGAGGAGCUAGCGGCGUGUUUCCGCUAAAGAACAGGCCGAGGCAGCGAUCUAUGCAGCCCUACUGCUAGCUACCAGCAGCCGGACAGUUGGGAGCUAACGCAGGAAAUUGCUUAACUACAGUUUACUACGGCUUUGUUACCGGGAAACCGCGGUUUUACCUUUCGGGUUCGGGAACAAGAACGGGCGGCAGCGAUGGAAGCCGAGUUUUGGGAAAUCGACGAAAAUGGGACUUGGAACUCCGUAUAUGAGGACAUUCGCCAACAAUCUUGUGAAUUACCAUGCAAGGUUGCCAAAUUUCCCGAAAACAAGACUCGGAACCGUUACCGGGACGUCAGCCCCUUUGACCACAGCAGAAUCUGCCUGCAGCUGGGUCCAAACGACUACAUUAACGCCAGCCUAAUAACUGCAGAAGAAGCGCAGAGGAAAUACAUUCUUACUCAGGGACCCCUUCCAAGUACAUGUGGUCAUUUCUGGGAGAUGGUUUGGGAGCAGAGGACCCGCGGAGUCGUGAUGCUGAACCGGGUCAUAGAGAAAGGCUCUAUCAAAUGUGCCCAAUAUUGGCCUCAAAGAGAGGAGAAAGAUGUCAUCUUUGAAGACACCAACUUCAAGGUCACUCUCGUCUCAGAGGACAUCAAAUCGUACUACACAGUCCGACAGCUGGAGCUGGAAAAUCUGUCUACUCAGGAGACACGUGAAAUUUUACAUUUUCACUACACGACCUGGCCUGACUUUGGGGUCCCAGAGUCUCCAGCCUCCUUCCUCAACUUCCUCUUCAAGGUGCGCGAGUCGGGCUGUCUGAAUGCGGAGCACGGGCCGGUGGUGGUCCACUGCAGCGCUGGGAUCGGACGCUCCGGGACCUUCUGUCUCGUGGACACCUGCCUCCUUUUGAUGUCUCUCCGUAAAGACCCGUCUUCGGUGCGGAUCCGUGAAGUGCUGCUGGAGAUGCGUCGUUAUCGAAUGGGUUUGAUACAAACGCCAGACCAGCUUCGCUUCUCCUACCUCGCUGUGAUUGAAGGUGCCAAGUACAUCAAAGGAGACACUUCUCUCCAGGAGUCAUGGAAAGAGCUGUCAAAUGAGGAAGAUGAUCCUCCAGAGUUCACCCCGCCGCCUCCUCUUCCUCCUCCCAGAGACCCUUACAACGGCCGAGUGCAGCCAUGUUUUUUCCCAGAUGACGUAGACUUCCUCCACCGUGUGGAAACUUCCCAACUGAGGUCUACAGCAGUCACAGAGCUGCGGAACAGAAACCCAGCCGCCCCGGAGCCGCCUCCGGACAGACGGGACGGGCCUGUGGGAAUCAAAGACCUGACCUCCGACCCUCCGAGGAAAACCCAGCAGGGGGCGGCGGCGGAGGACGAGACGGAUGAAACAGAGCAGGAGAAGGGAACCUGUCCUGUGCCGGGGGCUUGGUCCCCUCUGACGGCCCACGUGUGCCUGGGCACGGCGCUGGCCCUCAGCGCUUACGUUUUCUAUCGCGUCUAUUUCCACUGAUGUCUGUCCUUCCUCCUUCCUGUCGUCUUUUUUUCUUUUGUUCCAUGAUGUGGACUCGGCUGGCCGGUCAGCCUGCGUUGACGCGGUUCGCCUGUGAUCAUGUUGUAAACGGUCGGCUGCCUCCCUUUACCCAAAACCUUCUUUGUGUGUACACCAUCUCCAACGCUCAGGGCCUCGCUUUUUCAGGUGCCACAUCCUAAAUAAACGUAUGUACGUGUGUGUGUGUGUGAGGGGGGGGGCUGUGAGUGUGUGCGUGCGCCGACCCAAACGCAGACGCAACAUAAAACAGACGUCAGUCUGCUAAAGCGAAGGGGUUUGCAUUGAGCACCUCUGCCUAAUUUACACGCUUCUUCUUUCUUAUUUACCAAAAUGACACCUUUGAAUGUUUUUCCAUUUUUAUCCUAAACACGUUUAGUAACAGAUCAUGAUUUUGAUCAAGCUGGACUGAAAACAAGUCACUAAGGGAGAAGCUUUGUUCACACAGAGUUUAUGAAUGAAAGUGUGGAUUUUGAAUGAUCUCUGCACACUAGUUAUACUUUUUGUAUUCCUUUGUACGACGGGAUAUUAGGGCCACUCUUAGAAAAUAAUUUAAAAAUGGCUAAGACUAAAGUCAUAAAAUUACGAGAAUAAAGUCGUAACAUUAUGACUUUAUUCUUUUAAUAUUACAACUUUAUUUUUGCAAUAUCAUGACGUUAUUCUCAAAAUAUUACGACUUUAUUAUUGUAACAUGACUUUACUCUUGUAAUUUUAUUUUUUUCUUAGUAUGGCCCUAAUAUUUGUACAUUUGUGAAUCUAUUCGGUUAAAAAUAUAGAUAGUUCCCACAUGACGUCACACUUCCUACAGCCUGGUGCUCUGCCACCAUCUUGAUAGUACAGAGGCAGCUUUAACACUUUAUUAAUUAUGUGUAGGUGAUGUAAACGAUGUUUGGAUAUUAUUACAUUUAAGGGUGUAAAUUCAAAUGCGAUAAAACAGUAAAGAAGUUUUCAUUACAUCCUGUUAAGGUGAGCAAACUUUGCUACUCAUGUUGUGUUCCAGUUACUUGGGAAAAGGUUAAGAAGUUAAGAAGUCUGUACUUUAACAUGGCGUCGCCCAUAAACAUUGUUUGCAAAAACUCUUGCAAACAUAAAUGUAAGCUUUACUUCCCAAAAGUAAAACUGAAGGUUUUUCCAAAUGGGAAGUCGAACCAGUGGCUGGUUGGCUGGUUAAUGUCCAGAGGAAAAACAAUCCAUAUCAUACGACACGUAUUUGAUCUGAUCACGCAAAAAGACUAAUUUAAGCAUCGGUAAUUCUGUUUACCGGUCGCCUACCAAGAUGGCGCAUUCCGGGGUAACUUGCGUCCGGUCUUGUGGGAACUAUCUAUUAAUGCAGCAUUUACAGUACGUACUAGAUGCAUUUUCUUUGGGUGACGUGUCUCCAGUUUCCAGGCAGAAUCGUGUUAUUUUUUUAUUUUAUUUUAUUUUUAUCCUGAGAUGGAUCACAACACAUGGCUCUACAUACUAUCCGUAGUUUCACAGUUAAUGUAAAAACCUCACCUGAAGGUACCUGACAUGCCUUGUAAAGCAAGCGAAAGGUCAGAGUAGCUCACACCCAACUUGCCAGCAAUAAAAAAAAGGACGUGUGGUGUCCUUUUACGUAAAUGAAAAUAUCAUUAAGACGUUUGUUCAUCUCAGUAAUUCAGUUCAAAAAGCCAAACUCAUAUGUGAUGUAAGAUGAGCCUGUGGCUCUGCCAAGGUUUUAAAGAAAAUACAUCAGGAUUUAGUUCUUCUUGACUUCAUAGAUUCUGUGUUGAGGCUUUGGUCGUGUGAAUUUAUCAUUGGGCUCUAAAGUCUUCAAAGAUUUCUGCUCUGACUUUAGACUUGCUUGUGCACAUUUUUCUACCACUCUUUUUCCUUCCACCUAACUUUCCAACCUAACCAUGUGCCAAUGACUUUGCAAGAUAGGAGUCGUCUCAGUGAUUGUGCAGUUUUGGGGGUGUUACAAGGGAUGCACAGAAGCAAAAAUUUCGGACGAUAUCUACAUCGGAUACUAAUCUUGCUGAUAUACAGUAUUUACUGAUAUUAUAAAUAUUUCUGUACCGUUUUGACAGAAAUGAAUGCCAACAAGAUGAAAGCAAAUAUUGGUUGUUGAUACCGGCCUGGUUUUAUUUAUCGGACAGACAGAUAUGUUAAAAUUGGCCAAUACUGAUGUUUGUGUCGAUAUAUCGUGCAUCACUAGUUUUUACCAGUUCGUCAUGAAAGUUAAUCAAAUGAAAUACUUUAUAUUUAUCACUUUGUGAACUGAAUUACUGAGCUAAAUUAACUUUUCUGUGAUAUUUUAGUUUGUAGAGAGGUAUGUGUAGGUCUCUGAGGUUGAGCGUGGGACCAGGGAUUUUAAAACUAACCAAAAAAAAAGAAUCAAACACCAGCACAGGGAUGAAAAUGAUGCACUGCUGUGAUUUUUCAUCGUGUCAUGGUGUGAGCCUGAGCUGGCCGUGUUCUUCUGUAUGAUUGUUAGUUGUUUUUUUUUUAAAGCAUGUUGCGUUUGUGAAUCGACGGAUUUGUCCAAAUAAGAGAUUAGUUGAGCUGCUACCAUUCGUUUACCUUUGGGACGAGACAGAGUUCAGUACUUUGUCCGACAGCUGUACCUUUCCUUAGAAUGUAUGAACAUCCUGGCUGCAGGACACACCCUUAUUAAAUUUAUAUAUAAGCAUAUA